CUAUCUGCUAAGCUAGCUGGUCCAGUCGGUAAUCUGUCAGCCCGGAGCUAAAAAGCACGCACACUGCUCGGCUCCACACUCUCCCGGAUCACUCUCCGUUGAUGGCUGAAGAGGACCCACUGAUGUGAUUUCAACUUGGCGCUUGUGAUCAAGGACAGACGCACUGCCCGUGCUGCCACAGUAGAUAUGCUGUCACUAUGCUACUGAGAGAAGAAUGACAUUUGUCUCGUUUUAAUUCCUGGAGCUGCUUCGGGCAGAGUUCAGGCUUGCUUUAAAAAGUUGCUGCUCUCAGCCAAGUUGGUCUUUUCUCAGCCCUUUUCUUUUUGCACUGCUGCAGCCUAGUGCGCAAACUCUUAUGGCACUGGAGGCCGACUGAGCUAAAGGGGCUGUACUGGAGGAUUAGACUGCGUUGUGUGAGUGGGGACUGAACCAGGAGAGCAGGCCCACAGCAAACGCACAUGAUGCUGCAGAGACACUAGGGUCCCUGUUUGAGCCCCUUGUGUGUGGCGCUUGUUUUUUUUUUUUUUCUCUUUCUUUUUCUGCAGUCUCAUCAGUUUGGAUGGUUGAGCACAAGGGCUACUUUGAAGGAGCUCACCGGUGGCUGUGGUUUGGCCAAAGCUGACAGACUGCUUGCCAGCUAUUGCUGAUUUAGUACCCUUGUCCACCGCUGCCACUGCUGUAGCCCUCUUCGCUGUGGUCUCCAGUAUGGUGAGUGGAGGCUGGAGGCAUCGCAGGAGUGGAACUGAACCAUUAAUACUUGUGUAGCUGGUUACUUUCCAUCAUUUUUUCCCCCCCUGCACUGUGAAGGAUUGCAUUCUGGUUUCAAAGACUUUUUUUUAUUUUUUUAUUUUACUCCCUCUGUUCUGGAAAAACCACCACAGUCAAGGUCAUUUUUAAAAUUCAAACCCCGGAUAGAAGACUGCUCCAGAGGAGGAUGAAGCUGAGGAAACAGGUGACAGUGUGCGGAGGGGCCAUAUUCUGUGUGGCUGUAUUUUCACUGUAUCUGAUGUUGGAUCGAGUCCAACAUGACCCUGCAAGGCGACAGAGUGGCGGGAACUUUCCAAGGAGCCAAAUCUCAGUUCUGCAGAACCGGAUAGAGCAGCUGGAGCAGCUCCUGGAAGAAAACCACCAAAUCAUCAGCCACAUAAAGGACUCUGUGAUGGAGCUCACAGACACAGGAGCUGUGUCUCCCAGUGGCCACCUGCCAUUCAGAAGCGCCAAUGGCUCCUGGGUCCUACCCUUUGACGGCCGCCCCACUUUCCUUGCUGUCAAGCCCCAGGAUUGCCAAUUUGCUGCAGGCAGCCGUGGUCAAGCAGAUGUUCAGAUGCUGGAUGUGUACUCCCUCCUCAAGUUUGACAACCCUGAUGGCGGCGUAUGGAAACAAGGCUUUGACAUUACUUAUGAGCCAGAAGAGUGGGACAAUGAGCCGCUGCAAGUGUUUGUGGUCCCCCACUCCCACAAUGAUCCAGGUUGGAUCAAGACUUUUGACAAGUACUUCACAGACCAGACGCAGCAUAUUUUAAACAACAUGGUGGUGAAGCUGGCCGAGGAUCCUCGCAGGAAGUUCAUCUGGUCUGAGAUUUCAUUCUUUUCCAAGUGGUGGGAGACUGCAGACAUACACAAGCAAGAGGCGAUGCGCAAACUGAUCCUUGGUGGGCAGCUAGAGAUUGUGACAGGAGGCUGGGUGAUGACAGAUGAAGCCAAUGUUCACUACUUUGCCAUGAUAGACCAGCUCAUUGAAGGACAUCAGUGGCUGGAGAGAAAUCUAGGUAUAACUCCUCGCAGUGGAUGGGCGGUAGACCCUUUUGGUCAUAGUGCCACAAUGCCUUAUCUGCUGAAGAGAGCCAACCUGACCAGCAUGCUCAUCCAGAGGGUCCACUACUCCAUCAAAAAACACUUUGCCUCCACCCGCAGCCUGGAGUUUAUGUGGAGGCAGUCCUGGGACACGGGAUCGAGCACAGACAUCUUUUGCCACAUGAUGCCAUUCUACAGCUACGAUGUGCCUCACACCUGCGGCCCCGACCCGAAGAUCUGCUGCCAGUUUGAUUUCAAGAGGUUACCGGGUGGUCGGAUAAACUGUCCAUGGAAAGUGCCACCAAAAACGGUGGUUGAGGCCAAUGUAGCCGAAAGGGCACACCUGCUCCUGGAUCAGUACCGGAAAAAGUCCAAACUCUACCGCAGCAAGGUACUUCUUGUUCCCCUGGGAGAUGACUUCCGCUACGACAAGGCCCUGGAGUGGGAUCAGCAGUACACCAACUACCAGAAGCUAUUUGACUACAUGAAUUCUCACCCAGAGAUGCACGUACAAGCUCAGUUUGGGACUCUCUCAGAGUACUUCAACGCUGUAUACAAAGCGCACGGAGCGGCCCAGGGAUCAAGACCCGCAGACUACCCAGUGCUUAGUGGAGAUUUCUUUGCCUAUGCGGACCGGGAAGACCACUACUGGACUGGCUAUUUCACCUCGCGUCCCUUUUACAAAAGCCUGGACCGUGUGAUAGAGUCGCACCUCAGGGGCGCAGAGAUCCUCUAUAGCCUGGCGGUUGCGAAUGCUCGGCAUGCUGGCAUGGAAGGGCGCUACCCGGUCUCAGAUUAUGCCCUGCUAGUGGAUGCGAGGCGGUCUGUCGGCCUCUUUCAACAUCAUGAUGCCAUCACUGGUACUGCAAAGGAGAACGUUGUCAUUGACUACGGCACCAAAUUACUGCGUUCACUCAUUGGUCUGAAGAGAGUAAUCAUCAAUGCCGCUCAUUUCCUGGUGAUGAAGAACAAAGAGUUUUAUCGCUUUUACCAAACAGAGCCCUUCUUGGAGACAGAUGACAGGCGGGCUACUCAAGACUCUCUGCCUCAGCGCACUUUAAUCGAGCUGGACCCAGCAGGGCCGAGGUACCUGGUUCUGUUCAACCCCGUCGAGCAGGAGCGGCUGUGUGCGGUGACUGUGUUGGUCAACACGGUCAGGGUGCGGGUGCUUACUGAGGAUGGACAGACCCUCCCUGUGCAGCUGAGUGCUCAGUGGAGCACUGCUAGUCAAAUGAGUGCAGAGGUAUUUGAGGCAACAUUCAUGGUUCGUCUGCCACCGCUGGGUCUAGCCGUGUUCCAUCUUUAUGACUCUCCUGAUUCGCCCAUGACGCUACGCUCCGACACCCUUCUCAGGGUUUCCGGUCGGGACGUCACAGCUCGGGCCACGGACCCACUUCCUGUCCGCUCGCAGCAGUCCGACCCUCAAACGUUCUACAUCAGCAGUCAGUCUCUCACACUGGGCUUCUCUGGAACCACCGGCCUACUGGAGAGUAUCAAACGGAAGGAUGAUCCUCAGGAAGUGAAGGUUCAGAUGCAGUUCAUGGUCUACGGCACUCGUCCCUCUAAAGACAAAAGUGGGGCUUACCUCUUCCUGCCUGAUGGAAAAGCGAAGCCCUACAACCAGAAAGAGCCCCCCGUGGUGCGCGUCGUGGAGGGGCCUCUCUUCUCUGAGGUGGUGGCACACUACCAGCAUUUCCAGCAGACCAUUCGCAUACACAACGUGCCAGGAGUGGAUGGGUUGUCUAUAGACAUCACCACCAUGGUGGACAUCAGAGAUCAGACCAAUAAGGAGCUGGCAAUGCGAAUGGUCACUGACAUCCAGAGUGGAGACGUCUUCUAUACAGAUCUCAAUGGCUUCCAGAUGCAGCCCCGUCGCCACUACCUAAAGCUCCCCCUGCAGGCCAACUUCUAUCCCAUGCCCAGCCAGGCGUACAUCCAGGACAGCCAUCACCGCCUCACGCUGCACACCGCUCAGUCUCUGGGUGUCACCAGCCUGGAGAGUGGCCAGCUUGAAGUGAUUAUGGACCGACGGCUGAUGCAGGAUGAUAAUCGUGGGCUGGGUCAGGGCCUGAAGGACAACAAGAAGACGGCCAACCGCUUCCGACUGCUGCUGGAGAGGAGAUCCACAGGCAACAAGCAUGAUGGCUUCUUUGCCAAACUCUCCUCCUUGUUUCAUUCUUUCCUCUCCAAAAUCUUGAGUGACGGAGUUCAAGAGAUGAUGGACAGUGCAACAAAUAGCUUCCCGUCUAUACUCAGCCACAUGACCAACGCCUUCCUGAACCAUGAGGUCUUGGCGCUGCCCGUCCUGCCCAAAAGACGUGGCAUCCCUCCUUUGCAAACCUUCGCCCCUCUCAAGUCCAUCCUGCCCUGCGACUUCCACCUGCUCAACCUGCGCAGCAUCCAGAGCCAGCAGGACCCCCACUCCCCAUCGCCAUACACAGCCUUGAUUCUUCACCGUCUGGUGCUGGACUGUGGCCUGGAGGCUCAGAACCUGGGCUUCAAUUGCACCACCACACAGGGACAGCUGAAUGUAUCAGGACUGUUCAAGAACCUGGACCUGCAGCUGCUCCAGCCCAUGUCCCUGACCCUGAUGCACUCCAGCACUCCUCUGGCCAAUGACUCCUCCAUCAGCCUGGAUCCCAUGGAGAUCUCCGCCUUCAAGCUCAAACUGCGCUAAGAGCUGACCGGACUAAAAAAAGGCAAUAAAAACCCACCAGACUCCUUGGACCCAAGCACCAGGCCCACGCCGGCCACAGACUGGCAACAGAGGGGUCUGAGUCUCUCUGUCUUGUCAAGCAGAACCACAAACACUACAGCUCGGAGAGAAAAGGUCCACUGUAACAGGACUGACUGCACAGCAGGGGGCAGACGAUAGCUGUUACUGUGGACGUCUCCAAGAGCUGCAAAACCCGGGUGACCUCGCAGCUGUUCCAAAACAAGAAAGACUGCCAGAACUGCUCAUCAGAUACAACCCGGUGUCUGUUUGGCCCUGUUAUCGAAAAAUGAAAUCUCAUUUAGUUCUGCUUUGUAAGAACGUGUGUCUUUUUUCUAUCUUUGCUCCAUCCUGGACUGAACUACUGAAUGUAAAUAUCCCAAAUGACUGAGGGGGCCAUCAGAGUGCAAUUUACAAAGCUUUAUUUGGUGUAUGGGUUUUGGCUUUUUUUUUUUUUUUUUUUAAUGUACGCAGUGAAGAAGACACUCAUCACAGCGAUUUUGUUUUUGUACCUUUUCACUGUAACAUUGACUGCAGUUAAUUACAAUAUUUUUUUUUUCGACAGACUCGAAUGCAGCAAAGAGAAUGUGUGGUCUCUUUAUCUCAACUCGCAAGGAGACCCAAGCUGCAGCUCUUUUUAAAGCUACUGUAUGUCUUGAGUCCAAGAGUCCCCACCGUCGGUCACUACGCGAUAACAAUGUGAUCAUUAAUCAUAUCAGAUGACCGUUUACCUUCUGUUCACCGUUUUUGCUUGUAGAUAGUCCGAAGACUUUCUCUCCUUCACGUCUUUCUCUCCCUCCCCCCCGGAGCUUCCUCUUUGCUGAUGAGAAAACUGUGGAGAGUCUGUGCAUUUGAGAGCCCCUGUCCGUCAUUCCUGUUCUUGUACUUCGCUGGUGAGAGGUUGGUUUUAUUUACCAUGCUGUGUGCAGUCGAAGACAAAGACUAUACCUCAUAUAUACCAUAUGGCAGAAUUAUCAGUAUGCGUGUGUGUCUGUAGAGGAUGUUGAUGUGAGAGUUUAUUUUGGGGGCGGGGGUUUAUUGGAGUUAUAGUGUGCUCUAUCAGGGACCAUUCAUAGUACUGUUAGGUAUCAUCGAUCCGUUUUGGGGGUGUCGAGCAGUGGGUCAUGUCGCUGCAGGACAAAGAGAGCUUGCCAUUGAAGAUCAGAACGUAACUUAAAGGAGGAGUUCACCUGAGUUACAACAAUAGACACAUUCACUCCAGUGGAAACUGGCUCUGCAGAUAGUUUUGGUUUUGAGAUGUCAGACUAGAGCUCCUACAAAUGAUUGUUUUAAUUACUAAUUAACAUUCUAUAAAAUAUCUGUAAAAAAAAUUAAAAAAAUAAUGCUCUUUACAAUUACCCAGAGCCCAAGGUUACAUCUUUUUUAAUCACUUAUAAACAGUGAUCCAAAACUCAGAUAUUAAAGAUUUUUCAAUUUCUUUAAAACUUAAAAAUUAGCCCAUUACCCAUUUUGAGAAGCUGAAUCGAAGAAUAUUUGGCAAUUUCACUUGGUAAAUGAUACCCGACGAUGAAUGAAGUAAUUAUCAAAUUAAUGUCAAUUUAUUUUCUCUCUACCCUUUUAGCACUUUAUCUAUCCACCACCACUACAAUGAAGUUGAAUGGAAUUUCAGUUUUGGUGCGCAAUGAAUUAAAAUAAAAAAAAAAAAAGAUCUGACUGGUCUUUCCUAAAUAAGUAUCCCUGUCACUCUGUGUAAUCCACAGACCUCGUUGUGAAGUGAGUCCCCAAACUACCUUCUGUUAAGAAAGAAGCUGAAUUUCAUACUAAUUCUAAGCAAGUAUAGGAAAAACAGAUGGUAUGCAUACUAAAAAAAAGCUAGAUUUUUUUUUUUAAAGCGUGCUGUUGAUGUAAGACUGGAUGCAUUGCACAGAGGAAAGGGAGGAGCUGCUUCACAUCUGUACAAAAUUAAACCCAAAUGUGAAUGGUGGUGAAAAAGCUGCAGAAACAUACCAGAAAACAAAAGCAAAAAAAAAAAGUUUUGUACUUGGCAAUGUCAUUCUAAAGCAGCAGGUUGGUUGCCUCUGCAGGAUACACACAUUGCAUAAUAUGUUGAUUCUUAUAUAAAGAUUGUACUGUAAAGAUUGCUAUAUAGUAAAAUUCCUCUAGGGGUAGACAUCUCGAAGGGAUUCUCAAAGCCUCAGCACAUAAAACCAAAACUGUCUGCAUGUCAAGCUACCACUAAGUGAUAAACAAGACUUAUGAGACUUUUUUUAUUUUUUUUUGGUUGUAAUUUGGGUGAACAGAUCCUUUUAAGGAGUUGUGUCAAACCAUACACAGAAAUCCUCAGAAGAAGUUUCUUCAAAUGAGCUGCACUCUUAUUUUUUUUUUCUCAGCCUUUUUCUGGUGCGUAUUCGCCUCCACAGCGGCCCGUGGAGGAUGUUGUCAUCUGUGUCCAAAAAGCUGAGGCCGGACAUCUCGCAGCCCACCUGUGUUGUACUUUGUACCGCCAUCUCACGCUGCCCCACUGUGUCCCAUCACUUUAACUGGUCAUCUCUUUCAUUCUCCACAGGAGCUCUGCUGCUUUGUUGCUCUCCUCCUCUGGCCUGUCUGGUCUGCCAUAGUUUAAUACAUUCUGCCUUCUGUCUCACUGUGAGCACUGCAGAGUCCCUCUCUCCGCCCCUCCAGCUGUGAUCAACAUUUCUGUGCGACCAGACUUCACUGCAUCUUGAAUUUGCACUUUUCUCCUGUUGUCUUUAUAACCUUGUCAUAACCUUCUCCUCUGCUGUCUCGGUGUCUCGUCGCGUCUCUGUAUAAAUGUCUUUUUUUUUUUUUUUUUAAAUGUGAUAUCUGUUGUAGCGCUGUUUUUUUUUUUUUUUUGUUCAGAGGUAAUAUAUGACGGCAAGGUCUCGUCCGUAUUUGUUAAUUAAAGAUGGAUUAAAGCUACAGUAAAACAGAAGAGAUGGGAAGUGAAUAAAGAGCAAAAUACCAA